UUCAACAUGAGGUUUCGACUCAGCCGCCUGGUAGCCUCGGCUAUUCUGCUGUCGCUUGGUGUGGGAUUCACAAUUGUAACCAGUUCUGACGCCAACACAUUGGGCAACGCCAUGAUGCCUGGCUCCGGGAUAACUCUCCUGUCAGCUUCAUACACUGGGGCCUCUGUCGCCUCGGGGACAUUCAGUGAUGGGCCCUUUGGCAUCAGCUCCGGCACAAUCUUGACGUCGGGACGGGCAGAUGGAGCAACGGUACCCGGGUCAGACAACGACAACUCACAGCCAGGAUACAUGGGGGGCAACACAUUCGACGCGGCGGUCUUGAGUCUCGACAUCUCAAUAACUCCGCCGUUCACCGGCUUUCAGUUGGAAUUCGCCUUUGCGUCCAACGACUAUGGCGGAAAUAAUGACGCUUUGCGCGUUGACGUAGCCAGCAGUAGCUUGACAACAAUCUUCGACCUUGUCAAUGCUUUCAUGGACCCCCCAUAUUCCAUCACCCCCCCGAACAGCCUGACGGCGUACGACAAAUCCAGCCCGCCUGUGCUCAUAGGGUUUGCGACGGGCUCCGGAGUAUUCAAUGUAAAGAUCGCCGUGUAUGACCUGAACGACGGGUUCGAGGACAGCGCCGCUCUCAUCCGGAUGAGAGGCUGUGAGAAUUGCCCCGCGGGCCCAGAAAUCAACUAUGAGACAAAGACCGUCACUGUUACCCCUGGGGAAGCAGAGUAUUUCUCCACUGUCAAGGCGUCUGGGACUGCUACAGGAUACUACAUUCAAGGUGUGUCGGCAACUGCAACUUCAGACACAACUACGACUGAAGAGACAACUACAACCGCAUACACGACUACGACUGAAGAGACAACUACAACCGCAUACACGACUACGACUGAAGAGACAACUACAACUGCAGACACGACUACGACUGAAGAGACAACCACAACUGCAGAGACAACUACGACUGCGGAGACAACCACAACUACAGAGACAACUACGACUGCGGAGACAACUACAGAAAUAACCACAGAGACAACUACAGACAUAACUAUAGACACAACAACGGUCCCGGAUACAACUACGACUAUGGACACGACAACGACCAUGGAUACGACUACGGCUAUAGACACAACAACGACUACAGAUACAACUACGGGCACGGACACGACUACGACGGACACGACUACGACAGACACUACUACGGCUGAGGAUUCGACCACCACAGCGGAUUCAACUACCACCACGGACUUGGACACAUCCACGGAUUCAACUCUGACAACAGAUUUAACUACGACUAUCGAAUCAACCACAACCGACACAACUACGACGACCGAUGUCACUACAACUGCCGACACAACUGUGACUACCGAUUCAACUGCGGUUAUUGAUUCAACCACCACCACCGACUUGACAACCACGAUCAUCGACUCGACCACGACUAUCUACUCCAGCGAGACCACCGAAGACUCAACUACAAAUGAUGGAGAAUCGACAACAACCACUGCAGAUUCGGCUACCACCAGCCAGUCAACUGAGAGUCUUGGGGAGACGACCUCCACAGCUAUCACUACCUCUGCCCAAAUCUCUUCCAUAGCAUCUACCGAAAGCGACACAACAUACGAGUCUUUGACCGACACGACCGAAUCCACAGCUGUGCUAUCCACCUUGGAGUCGUCGUCCGCCUUGGAGGCCACUCCUACCUCUCAGUCUGUGACUGAAACGGCGACUGAUUCCACCAGCGGCAUUUCGACAACGGAGUCAAACGAGUCUGAGCAGCCACAACCUUCUACUGCCAGCGGGCCAUUUACAUCCUCCGUGGACACACCUACAGGGAGUGUUGAGUCUCCCAGUACGAAUACGCCAGUUGGUCAGUCCUCCACCAGCGCCCUUUUACCAGAGACACUGUCACCAGAUACCUCUUCUCUCUCGUUUCCUCUACCCGAAUCUUUGUCUACAGGCUCGGACUCACAGGCCCCGUUGAGCACAACAUUGUCGGUCCAGGACUCUGUGACCUUCGACUUGACAGCAUCCUCGUCACCCCUUGCCACGAGCUUCUCGGCUGAUUCUUCUAUUCUUUCAUCUUCAGACUCAACCUCGACAGUUUCUGGCUCCACCCCCAAUGCUUCAAACGUGCCAGCUAUAGAACGAUAUGUAUACUUUGGGUGUCUAUCAUCCGUACAAGGCUACCCGAGCUUCAAUAUCGUCGGUAGCGCAACUGAUAUGACACCUCAAAAGUGUAUAUCGAUGGCCACCGGGCGGCGGUUUGUGGGCAUCCAUGAUACAUCUUGCUACGCGGCGGAUUCCUUGGUUUCCGCUGAAUUGACUGUGGAUGCCAGUUGUGAUCUUCCAUGCCCCGGGGAUCCAACACUCUUCUGUGGCGGGUUUCUGAAUGGGGAUGCGAGUAGGAGCAAGAGACACCAACAUGACCGACGCAUCAGUCGCCGAGAUGCACCGCCGGGCAUCUUGCUCACCUUGUAUUUGUUUGCCGAAGCCAAUCAGGAGUCCUCGAGCGAAAUCACCGCCGUGAGCACAUUGUCGACUGGCCCUGAUCGAACUGUAGUCUCGCAGUCGAGCUCUGGGGAUAUCUCCAUCAGCCCAACACUGAGCGUCCCUGCCCGAACUUCCACAGCUGGUCCCGGGGAUGUCUCGCUCAGUUCGACGCUAAACAACCCUGACCAGACAUCCGUUUCAGCGGUUAAUUCUGAGGAUAUCUCGCUCGAACCGACGCUGAUAGGCCCUGACCAAACCUCGGCCUCGAUAGGAGGUCCUGGGGAUGCGUCACUUACCGACUCUCCUCCUUCUGUUCCUACCACCUUCUUGCCCGGUGUGAACCCUCCUCCUCUGCCCUCGAGCCCAUUCAACCCGGGCAACCUGUCGGGGGCCGCAACCUUUGAGGCUAUUGUCACAACGGUCAUCUAUACCGUGCUCGACCCUCACGACCCAGCCUAUCUAACCGUGGCCGAGUUUUGCACAACGCUCAAGUAUCCUCCCUGCCGCAACUGUCAGUUCCAAAGGAUACCGACGGUGGAGAUGACGACUAUCCUAACCGCCUGCGACGCGUGUGGCUAUCACGGAGAGAGCAGCAUCGAGCUGACCAUUCCGCUGGGUGCUAAUCCGGCGUUGAUGACGAGCAACCCCUAUACCCCGGAAGAUGGCCCAGAUGGUUCUCCUGCAGCUGGUCACGAUGAGAAUUCAGGCCCGGAAUAUAGGCCAAGGCCGGGGGGAGCUGAGGCUAGGCCAACAGUUGUUCCAGUUGGACACCCCCCUUCAAAGGCGAAUGGGCAUGGUGGACAUGACCGGCCUGUUAUUCACCAUGACGAAACAACUGGAGAGCACAACGAGGAGAAUAACCCCCCUGGGGGUAAUCAUACUCCAGUUGGUGAACCUGGCCCCUCUCAACAUGAGCAAGUUCCAAGCAACGAUCAUGGAGAGCCUGCCGGACCAGGAUAUGAGCCGCAAAUAGGGCCCGGCAAAGAUGGAGCCAUCGUCAAGCCAACAUCGGCCCCUUCAGUCGAGGCUGUACCAAAACCCGAGCCAGCCGGAGCAUCAGCUGACCUAAAGCUGUCUACGGUUCCUAUGGCAAACAUACCGUCGACGCCUCCAGAUUCUCCCGUCAUCGUGGCAGCCGGUCAUGUAGCGAGGGGGGUAGACGGCGCAUUGACAUUCUUUGCUCUCGUAGCUGGACUUUUCCUAAUGUUGUAA